GUCAUAAAAAACUCAAUCAGUUCAACAAUCAGUUCAUCAAAAGAAUUAAUAAAUAGUAUAUUAAAUAAAUAAAUAAAAUUAAUAACAAUCAUAAUAAAUUCAUAAUUCAGUUAUUUGUGUCCUUUUUAGUCCUUACAAACCGCCUCUCUAAAUCACAGCAAUGAGCCAGUGGUCAAUUAUCCAGUUCACCAAUGGGGGUACAGAACUGGUACCCAAUACAUGGGUGCAGGGUGACAAAGUCUUCUGGCCACCCUACCCUCCCAAGGACACUGCCAAGCUCCGGGCUGCCGUCAAUAGGAGGGAUGAGCCAAGUAGUGGGUGGCAUAUGUAUCAGCCCAUAAAAGUCCUCUGUAGCCGUGGGACAUUUGAGGAAGCACAGAGGAGCAUAGACCGGUACUUGAGGCAGCAUUGUGAUACAACAGACAUGGAGUCAGAUGGGGAGGAUUCUAGAAGAUUGAAGAGACCAAAUCCAAACUACGUGAAUGAUGAAUUUGACCGGGGAAGUAAAGCAUCCAAACAUCAAUAUCCAGCUGCACCAAAAGUUUUACUGCCAGCAACAGCAUCCACCACCCUGCAGUCCCCACCAAAUAAAAGCCCUAUAUACCACAAUCUCGAGCCCCUCUCCAGCUCCUCUCCUCAGUCCACAAAUCUCCCGGUCCUGCAAUCCUCUGCGAUGCUUUCUUUCGCAGAGGACUUCCCAGCCAUAACGCAUCAUGCAGAGAUGCCAGCAGUCCAUCCCUUCCAAGAGUUUUCACCUGAAGAUACCAGAGACACUGCCAGGCAGGCUUUAAAAGGCAAGUGCAACUUUUGUGCCUUUAUAUUAUCAGUAGAUUGCCACUUGAUGUAA